AUGAAUGUGGUCCUUUCUCCAGUUCUAGGUUUCAAAAUAACCUCUAAAGGAAUUUUGCUGGACCCGGAAAAAGUUAGAAGCAUCAGAGAAAUGCCGCCGCCCCGCAAUGCCAAGGGAGUACGACGAUUCCUUGGGGCCACAGGUUUCUUUAGAAGGCACAUUCAUCAGUAUGCAGCCAUUGCAGCACCUCUUACACAACUUACCCGCAAGGACCAGCCAUUUGGUUGGGGACGAAAGGAACAGGAAGCAUUUAACAUCUUGAAAGAGAAGCUUGUAUCAGCACCAGUUUUACGUAAACCUCGUUUUGAGGAUCCUUUCGAAGUUCAUACAGAUGCAUCACAGACUGCCAUUGGUACUUGCCUUAUGCAACGAGAUGCAGAUGGUAAUCCAGCCGCUAUUGCUUAUUUCUCGAGAAAACUUCGUGGACCGGAGACCAGGUAUUCUGCAACUGAUUCUGAAGCCUUAGCAGUUGUAGAGGGAGUAAGAGCUUUUGACCCGUGGGCUUGUGAACUCUCCCACUACCAGUUUAAGAUCGUGUAUAAACAGGGAACCCUGCACCGUGUUCCUGACAUGUUAUCCCACUCAGUGGCACAGGUUGACCUCGCUAAUGUUGACCUAACUACAAUGCGUGAAGAGCAAAUGAAAGAUCCUUUUUGGCAAGAAGCAAUCAACUACUUGGAGGAGAAGACCUUGCCUAAGAAGAAGAUUCUGCUUACUUUGGACGAGUUUACACUUCAGGAUGGAGUUCUUUACCAUCUUCGGCAGUUUCCUACACAUGCAGUCCAUCAGUUGGUAGUCCCAAGGGUUCUUCGUAAGGCUGCACUUAAGCUUGCUCAUGAUAGUUCCUUUGCAUCCCAUCCCGGUAUUUUCAGGAUGUAUCAGAAACUCAAGGACCUCUUUUACUUUCCUAAUAUGAUGCGAGAUGUGAAAGCAUAUGUUACAUUGAAGACACUUCCAUCUAAAGAAGCUGAGGUUGUAGCAGAUGCUUACAUUAGAGACUAUAUAACAAUAUUUGGUCCUCCACGCCUUUUGCAGACUAAUGGUGGCUGUGAAUUCACAAACAGAUUGUUCCGGCAGGUCUGUGAUAUAGUCAAGACGAAGACUCAUCUUACUACAGUAUGUCAUCCACAGGCAAAUGGGAUGGUGGAGCGUUCAAACAGAGUACUUAAGGAAGCUCUUGCAACCUUAACAGAACGGCACCCUCUGGACUGGCACCAAUAUGUACCACAGGUUAGAUUAGCACUUAACAGUGCAUUCCAUCGGUCAGUAGGUGACCAACCUUUGUAUUUGCUUAUGGGUCAUCAUGGACACUUUCCGGUUGGCCUCUCCAAUGAGGUUACCUUUGCCUCAGACUCUGCAAAACAUUUUAGUGACGCACUGAGAGAAGCUCGUCAUGUUGCAAUUGAGACGUCACGUCGUGCUCGAGAAACCUGGGAAACCCGAUGCACAGUGAUCAUUCCCAUGAGGCUGGCACCUAAUAUUGGACAAAAGAUUGAAAGUGUUACUGCUGUUGCUGGUGGAAGCCGGGUUCUAGAUUUCCCGGAUGUCGUUUUGUCUAGUAUUUCCAGAUUGUCGUGGCUGUUCCUUUCCUUUCUGCCCGCUGAACGUCUGCUGUAA